GUCGCGUGCUUCCUGUGCGAAAAGUAGUCAAAUUAAAAAGAAAAAAAAAAGUCGCAGGCUUCUUGCAAGGAAACAGUUUUUCACCACACUGCCUGAGACCAGUCACGGCUUACUCACCUGUGGGUCACUUUUCAUUUGUUUCCUAUGGCUACACGUGUGCGACCGAGCAGUAAACGGUGUGCGGUCAUUGGGGGGUCCGGUUUCCUCGGCAGACACCUGGUGGAGAAGCUGCUGGACCGGGGCUAUUCUGUUUCUGUGUUUGACAUCUGUCAGAGCUACGAGCUGCCUGGUGUCACCUUCCACCAGGGAGACCUCUGCGACAAACAAGCUCUGCUGCCAGCUCUGAAGGAUGUGUCCUUGGUCUUUCACUGUGCCUCCCCGUCCCCUGCUAGUGACGACCGCGCUCUGUUUGAGAGAGUCAACAUUCAGGGCACGCAGACUGUUAUUCAGGCCUGCAAAGAGGCAGGAAUACAGAAACUGGUCCUGACGAGCAGUGCCAGUGUGGUGUUUGAGGGGACUGACAUUAAGAAUGGGAGAGAGGACCUGCCAUAUGCCAAGAAGCCCAUUGACUACUACACAAAAACCAAAAUUGAGCAGGAGAAGUUGGUCCUCAAGGCUUGUGACAAGCAAAAGGGUUUCCUCACAGUUGCAAUUAGGCCUCAUGGCAUCUUUGGUCCUCGGGACCCACAGCUGGUUCCCAUCCUGGUGGACACGGCUCGCAGGGGCAAAAUGAAGUUCAUCAUUGGUGAUGGGACCAAUCUGGUAGAUUUCACCUUUGUGGAGAAUGUAGUUCAUGGACACAUUCUAGCUGCCGAACGUCUGAGACAAGACUCCCCCACAUGUGGGAAGCCAUAUCACAUAACCAAUGAUGAGCCAGUUCGGUUCUGGGACUUUAUGUCUCAGGUAUUGGUGGGUCUUGGAUAUGCUCCUCCCCGCUACCACCUGCCCUACGCUUUGGUGUACGGACUGGCCCUUCUCCUCUGGCUGCUGUCCAUUAUCUUGCGUCCUUUAAAAUCUUUCAAGCCAACAUUUACACCUAUGAGAGUGGCUCUGGCUGGAACCCACCACUACUACAACUGUGAAAGUGCCAAAGAGGACCUGGGCUAUACACCAGUAGUCAGCCUGAAGGAGGGGAUUGCACGCACCGUGCAGAGCUAUCCUCAUCUCAGAUGUGAGGCUUGACAGGAGAAUGGGACUACAGACUGCUGAGACAUGUAGAGCCCUGUGCAUUAAUACAGUUAAACUCAGAAUAAGAAUAAUAUGAUCCAAUUAUACUAAAUGGAAAACGAUGGAAAAGACCAAUUACAGCUGCUGCUCAUUCAAACUUGA